AUUUUAAGUCAAAUACAAAAAGAUUACUUCAUAUCAGAUAACAACAAAUUAACGUCGUUAAACAAAUAAUACUUCGUUUGGAAAUAAUUAAAUUUCAAACGAAAUGAACGAAAACCAGACAAUUUCCGAAAAAGAGCUUCUGGACGCAAUAAAAAAUCUUUUGAGGAAGAGCGGUCAGCUGAAUAAAUUUCAAGCGGAGAUGCGAGCAAAAGUUACAGAAAUUCUCCAACAGAGACAAAUGUCAUUAAACCCUGGAUUCAAAAGUUUGGGUGCACCAAAGGCGACCGACGAAGUUUUGUUAGUCAAUGAGCUUGUUAAGGAAUACUUGGAGUGGAAUGGGUACCUCUACACCGCCUCCGUGAUGACUUCAGAGGCAGCUAUGCCGACAGUUAAGAGGACAAGAACGGAACUAUGUGCAGAGGUCGGUGUUAAAGAUGAUGAAAGGUCAUCAACAUUACCGCUGCUUUCAAAUAUCGUUGCUGCUUACACUGAACGAAUUAAACGUAAAAUUAAUAGAAUCAAAAAGGACAGUGGAACAGUCUCCAACGCGCAACAGAUUAUGUAA